CCUGACUGAACAUUUUGUCUGCCAGCCAGUGAGAUUGCCACAAAAAAACGAAUCAAAGGCACAUACGGGCUCAUAUAUUCUUCGGGUACCAACCAGAAAGCCAUCAAUCAGUCCCAGAUAACCUUCGGGAAAUCGAGUUACUAACAUAACAACACAUAAUUCAACACAAAGCGAUUGAAAUAUCACCAACAUGGCAGAUUUUAGUAUUGAUCAGAAAAAAUUACCUGGAGUAAAAGAAGUGUGUCGGGACUUUGCUGUGCUGGAGGACCACACGCUGGCCCAUAGCCUCCAAGAGCAGGAAAUUGAAAGUCACUUGGCGUCUAACAUUCACAAGAGUCGUCUGGUCCAGCAGGAUCUGCAGGUAGCCAAAAGGCUGCAGGAAGAAGAGGAUCUUCGAGCCAAGGCCCGCGUUCAGAGGAAGCACAAAGACAUAGAGCGGAGCGACAAUGAGAUUGCGCAGGAGAUUCAGGAGCAGCUGGUCCGGCAGGCCGAACGGCAGAGGCAGCAGGAGGAGAAUGACGAGGCCAUUGCACGCAAGCUGCAUGAGAAAGAGAUGAAGGAGGAGAAGAGGAGGAAGCAGCUGGAGGCCAGCAUUGAGGAGGACUUCUACGACGAUAAAGGAGCCUUUCGACCCCCACUGGAACCCAGCAGUGAGCUACCCAACUCGGAGGGUGAGCCUCCAACAACCCGGCAGGGCAGGUUGCCGCAACACAAUUCUGCAGACUCCAAUCAGUGGGACCAUUCUGAACGCAACCCUUCAGACUCCAGCAGAGACGGUCACCCUGAGCGCAACCCUUCAGAAUCCAGGAGAGAGAGAUACCCUGAACACUAUCCUUCAGAAUCCAGGAGAGAGAGAUACCCUGAACACUAUCCGUCAGACUCCAGCAGAGACCGAUACCCUGAACACUAUCCGUCAGACUCCAGCAGAGACCGAUACCCUGAACGCAACCCUUCAGACUCCAGCAGAGAUGGAUACCCUUCAAAUUCCCCCAGGGGAAAAUACCCUGAACACUACCUCACAGACCCUAGUGGGGGCCAAUACCCCUUAUAUGACACCCCUAAACUGAGCCAGGAUAAAUACCCUGAUCAUGGUACUUUGGAACCAAGCAAGGGCAGAUAUCACAAAAACGACCAGGAUUUGCUAGCAGAGGCUAGUGGAGGCUCAGACUCCUUCUAUAUGCAGAGCCAGGAACUGCGCAAGGAGCCGGUCCCAUCCGAUCCCGAAAGAGUGGUACGCAGGAAAGAGAGACCCGCUGGGAACGACCUGCACACCCACGAAAAAGUAGCUGAAAGGGAGAGGGAGAGGGUCAGAGACCGGCAGAAGGAGAUAGAAAGGGACUCGGAGAGGGAGAAAGGGUUGGAAAGGACUAGGGACAGAAAAGUUGAAAGAGAAAAGGAAAGAAACCGAGACCGAGACAAAGUUAGAGGUGGGUACAGGGAAAAGAGCAGAGAUCGACAUCUAGAAGGGGAUGAGAACAGAGAGAGGCACAGACAUGGAGACUGGGAAGGUAGCAGAGAUAGACACCGACAGAGAGGCUUCGAGAAUAGCCGAGAGAGACACAGAGACUUGGACGGUAUCCGAGAGAGACACAGAGACUUCGAUGGUAGUCGAGGUAGACACAGAGACUUGGACGGUAUCCAAGAGAGACACAGAGACUUUGAGGUUAGCAGAGAGAGGCACAGGCAUCGAGACGGGGAAGGUAGCCGAGAGAGACGCAAGGACAGGGACCGGGACGCAAGACAUAGAGACAUGGACACUAGCAGAGACAGACGCAGAGACAGGGACAAGAGUAGAGACCGAGGCCCGGACGACACCGCGCCCAGCUCCGGCAGAGUGGGAUCAGGGGAGGACUGGGAUGAGCCGAGAGGCAGGCAGAGGGCUCAGUCAGGUCCCGAUGAGGUGUUUGAGGAUCCCAGCACCCGGACACAUGGGAGAGGGGAGAAGCGGGAGCCCUGGGACCCCGAAAAGGAGGUCAUGCGAGCGCGCUCCCACUCCAGGGAGGGAGGGAGGAAGUUGCGAGGCGAAUAUGGGUUGAGGGAGGCCACCCAGGGCAUUACUCGCCUGGAUCUACAGGAGCAGGAACUCAAGGAUAUGGAAGUUGCCAGGAGGCUGCAAGAAGAAGAGAUGAAGGAAAGUCAAAUGGACAAAAGAGCUGCUCAAGUUGCACAAGACGAGGAAAUUGCCCGGUUACUGAUGGAGGAAGAGAAGAAGAUGUUCAAGAAGUCCAGAGACCGGGAGAAGCCCUGCAUGGAAAGGAGAAGGCAGGAGGGUGACUCAAAGCCAGUCCCAGAGGAAGUGGUGCGACCCAGGUCACAGGAGGACCACGAAUACCAGAGGCCUCGUAACCACAAACCUGCCAGGCCAGCGCCUCGCACGCAUAACUACGAGAACGUGGACUCCGGCUACGCCUACCCUGCGCCCCCCUACGAUGCCCACACCUCCUCCAGACCUGAAACUGCAUAUAAAGAUGAUCGCUGGGGCACUUCUGAAAAGGCAGCGGAAUUUCCCUACAUGCUUUGCAGCUUGCCCGUUGAGCACAAAGAGGAGUUCAAGAAGCAUACAGGGACAAGCCGAACCCACGCUGUCGUCUUCUAGCUUUUUCAUUGGCUAAACACCAGGAACAACACGAGUAAAGGAGUCCCCUUUGACAGCAGCACGCAUAGGGAUGGGGCGUUUUUGUUAUCUUCGCCUCUCUGUUCAGUUGUGGUGGCGUUUGGCAGUAGGUGGAGUCGCCUUGCUGUCUCUCUCGGCUUGUACGUGGGCUGGAUGUUUGCUGCCUCCAUGCAAAGCGUAGCUCGAUGUUCUUCCCGAUGCGUCUCCCUCUUUGCCCCAUUGAGACACGCAGCACUGAUCAGCUCUACCGGCUUGUAAAAGACUCGGGUUCACCAUCGCCAUACUGCCUGCCCUUCUUUUUCUGUUGAAGGGCUACUUUUCAUUGUUUUAUCUCAGAAAAAAAUACGGUUUCAGGAAGCUUGAUUUUUCUAAUCAUGUAUCUAUUGCACAGCGCACUGCUCCAUGUAACAGGUUAAAGAGGGCCGUGAUGUCACAAGUAGACAUUUUGCGUUCUCAGGGGAUCACUUAUGUCCUUAGUGGGCAAGGAGCCCCCUACAGUGUUAAUGGACUCCUCCUCAUACCACUUUUACACCAUUCCUCUGCAAGUCCAGAUUAUACGAGGAGACCAGUUUCUGGCCAUACGGUCACAUCAUGGAGCACUUUUUUUUAAUUUAAAUGUUUCCUUAUGUCAUUUCACUGUCAUUUGACCAAGACGGUCACAAAGAGGGAGAACUGAAAAAUGUGCUAUUGGCCUAACCUCGUUGAAAUGCACAAAUUGACUAAAACCACAUGCAGUUUUGAAACAGAGAAGCAUUUUAGGGGAGCUCUACCACGUCAUCCCUGUUUGAAAUAUGGACCAGGGUGAUUAUAGCUCUUUACCACCCUUUCAAACCUGUUGUGAAGUUAUUUGUUUGUUUUUUUUUCCAGAAAAAAAUAUAGAAUUACCUUGAUUGAGACGUUAGGCAAGAUACUUUAGCUGACAUGACAGUUUCUUGAAGUAAGCGUGAGGAAGUAGUAACUGACAUGAAGAUUAUUUCGGAACAUCAAAAUAUUAUCCAUAUAAUACCUAUUGUUAUGAAGGGAGAUGUUUCAGAUCCAUUCCAACUGCACAUAGGCCUUCUUUCUCAGUAAUGGGGUAGUGUUUCAUACACGCGAUAAAGCAUACAAAAUGGCCCAGCUCUAAAAUUGAUUCCUGUGACUUACUGUGACAAAUGUUGAUCUGUAUAAAGCAUGAAGUUGUACAUAUGUUCAUAAAUCAUCGAAUUGGGCACUCUAGUAGCACUCCUAUCAAGACUGUCCGGCUGUGGGACUGAGUUUCUUCGCUGAGAGAACUUCAAACUGACCUUUGAGGAGACCCACAGCAAGCCAAAGCCCUCUUCGUUCUCCUUUCCUUAGACCGACAUGUUCAAAGGAGAAAACAUGGGAGCAGUCAUGUCCAUGGAAUAUAUUUUAUUGGUUUUAUUGUGAUUUUUUUUUGUUUUGUUUUUCAUCAUUCUGUAAAGAUAUUUUACCAUUUCCAAUUAUGUGUCAAAUAUGUGAAUGUACCUUAAAUAUCUAAUUCUCAUGAAAAGAUGGUCAAGAAAAAACAAAAAUCCAUACAAAUGCCUAACACUUGUGUCUAGUAUUCUAAACCGUAUCAUCCAAGUGAGUGAAAAUUGAAAAUGACUUCCUUAUCUCCUCUUAGUUAAUGAUUACCACGUAGCUGUGCUUAUGAUAAUACAAAGGUCUGUUUUUAUGUAAAACGGCUCAUGGUCAGUAUAGCAUACGAUUAAUUCCACAAGGUGGAGACAAACAGCUGCUUUAUUUGCUAAAGGUGCAGGGAUGAAUUUAAAAUGGCCACUUGUAAAUUAAACAGUUACAAACACACAGAUAUGGAAUUGUAGCCUGCAUAUCUCAUCAAAUACUGUAACAAACAUGUUUUGAGUAAUAUAGUGAGUCAAUACAUCUAGUUGAGUUAGUUUAGGUCUUGGGCCCACUUCACCCUGUCAGACACCAGGGUGUAUUCAUAUAAGGGUAUUACAUGCAGUUUGUGCCAAGUGGAUCCCAUUCAGUAUUAUUUGGAUGUAAAAAUUGAAAUGGUUUUAAAUUGGUGAAAAUUACUGAGCUGUUCAUUUGCUGGAAAAUGGUAGUUCUACAAGUUAUUUCUAUUGCACCAUCUGGUGGCCAUAUUGAUUUCCCCUUUACUCAAAAUGUAUGAGAAUUGUUAAUCACUGGGAUCUGUUAUUACACCCAGUUAAAAUUCAACCACUGCACAUUUCAAGAAAAUCUGGAUAUUCUUACCUUCAAAAAGAAAUACACUGACCUGACAAUGCUUUAGACUCGGAAGAAAGAAUCUCCUCAUUCCCCAUAUUCUUGUGUUUGGGAGGUAACAUUUAUACGCGGGGGAAAGAUCAAUUUUACACCCCUUUCGAUGCAUUCUGUGGUAAGCAGCACAAUGAAAUUGAAGCGCACUCCAGCUCUGAACGAUAUCAGUUACAACGCUUGACAAUGAAUAAAUGCACUGCAGAAUAUGAAAAUGUGUUACAAAAGCGGUUUCAGCACUAUUUGUAUUGAUGACCUGGCAUUUCUUAUUUAUUUAUUCAUUAUUCAUCUGUGCACACCAAUUAUAGAUAUAACAUCUUGUCAGUGAUCAGACAAAAUUGAAAGUUUUGGAAAUCCUUGGAAUUUCACCCUUAAUGUGAUAAAAUUGUUAUACCAACUGAACCGGGAUAGUGUCUUUUGAAAUGUUGGAUUUUAUAGUGAUUAAUUAUCAAUGGAUGAUAAUUGGAAGAGGUAUUUUUUUAAAUCAGGUAUAUACAUGCUACUUUUCCACAUUUAGCUGUGGCUACCCACAGUAUUUAUAGACAUUUAAUUGAUAGCUAAUUAUGUUGCACUUAUGUUAAUUAAAACUGACAAUGUAUGGUAAAUGCCACUGUAAAUAUCAUAAAAGGGGUCACACACAAACACAAGGCCAAUUUUCUAGAGAUGUAUCCAUUUACUGAACAGAGAUGAAUUUAUGCUAUCAUUUUAAUGAGUUUCAUCUUCAGGCAGUGAAUUCUUCUGUUUUCCUUCUACUUUAACGACGUCUUAAGAAGGCUGUGGUCUGUCAUCUGAAAAUAAGCAUUCCAACGUAUAUGUAGGUGGAGUUGGGUAGCCUGUAGCGUAGUGGUUAAGGUAAAUGACUGGGACACUGCCAAAUGCCAAUAAUGUAAUGUAAUGAGUUCAGGUUUGGGGUUGGGGAGGAUGGUAUUUAAAGUUGUUUAUUGGGUAUUGCUUAGGGUUCCACAGCCACUGAGCAGUGUUGUCAUGUGCAGUGCUCACUCAGUUACUUGUCCGUAUGCUAUCUCUUACAUUGGCCUCUGGCAGACCAGGAAACCCGUCCUUUGUAUUUUACCAUUAGCCUACAGCUCUCUCCACAACAAUCCUGACUGUGUUUCAUUAAGUUUCAUUCCAUUUGAUGGACAGUUCAGAGCAUCAGUUCCCCCAGUCAAAGUAGGUUUCAGUUUUAUUAUUUUGUUGCCUUUAGCAUUUUUAUUAAAAUGCCAUUUCACACUUUCAA